AUGGCAGAGGACCUUAACAUAUCUGACCGUAGCAUCUGCCGCAUACUGAAAAAUGAUCUCAAGGUCAAGCCUUAUAAGAUCCAGAAGGCACAUGAUCUUACGCCGAAGCAGCAGCAAGUGAGACUUCAGAGAGCUAAGGAGAUGCUUCGCCGGGCCGAAAGUGGUAAAUUUUCGAACAUUGUGUUUUCCGACGAGAAAAUUUUCACAACUAAGCAAUACGUAAACUCUCAAAACGAUAGGGUUUACUUGACUGAACGUUCAGACAAAAAUUUGAGCCAUCGACUGGCCACCAGGAGGCAACACCCGCCACAGAUAAUGGUUUGGCCCGCUGUAACCGCAGAUGGGCGGCCUCCAAACGUUUUCAUCGAGCCUGGCGUCAAGUAUGAAGAGUUGGAUCUUCCUGAAUGGCUCGGUUUAUUAGACGAUGGAGUUUGCUGGCAUAUUCUAGAAAACUCAGAAGAAGAUACUCGGUCGAAAGAACUACCUCCUGUGACCGGAGAGCCGUGA